AUGUCCUCCGCCAAAAGAGCUUCCAUGCUCCCUCCACCUCCUAAACCACCGAUUUCAUUCUCAAACAAUAUCACCAUCGCAGACCAUGCCUCUCUCAUUGGCACAAAUCUCAUAACCAUUCGAGGACAUACCAUUCUUCAUCCACGUACCAAAUUGAAUAGCAGCUUUGCUCCCAUUACAAUCGGUACACAAUGUGUUAUUGGUGAACGUAGUUCAAUUGGCAUGUUGAAUUUUCCAUCGGAAGAACAAGCUCAAGGUGUUACAUUGGAGAACGGUGUUAUAGUAGAAACUGGAGCUGUUGUUGAAGCAAAAUUCGUGGGACAAGGAACUCUCAUUGAGAUUAAUGCAAAAGUGGGAAGAGGGGCUGUCAUAGGAAAGCAUUGCAAGAUUGGACCAAUGUGCGAGGUUGAAGAAGAUGAGGUUAUUCCAGAUUAUACAGUGUUAUAUGGAAAUGGUUUACGUAGAAUAGAUAAAAGUGGUGUGGAAGGUCUCAAAAUGAAGAUGAUCGGUCGACAUGUAGAUGUGCUUAGAAGGCUUGUUCCUAGCAAUUUAUCCAAAUAUCAAUGA